AUGGUGAAUAAAUACUCCAAAUUCAAAUAAUUUCAUCUUAAUAUGAAUACCAUCAAAUUUUGUUCUCAUAUUUCUAUGUGGUAAUUAGCAAACUACUUGAAAAUAUUUCAGUAGUUAAGUAUUUAUUUUUAAAAAACACCUGGAUACAAGGAUUUCAUAAAAUGCUACGAAGUUUAAUCCUAUACCUAUAUAUUGUAUUAAUUAUUAUAAAUAAUUUAACUAAUACGGCAAAAGAUCCAUUCUUAGAAGUUCUUCUCCCCGAACGUAUGUAUAAACAUUACAAAUUGAAUGAAAAAACUGGAUAUCUUGAGAAGUUGAUUGCUCCAAUAAGUCAUCUUGUCGAAAUGAUAUCAAGUGAUGCUGAAGACGGUACCACUACCACCACUAUCUUAGAUGCAUUACCACAAAGUAUAGACCAGCUGAUAAGUCCUGUUGGACAUAGCAAACUAUUUAGUGGUAUCCCAGUUGAAAGUAUGCCACCGAAACAUUAUAUGCAUUAUUUAUGGUUACAUGAAACUAGUCGACCAAUUGUUCUACCCUGUUGGACACCAUAUAAACAAGAAGUAAUCAAUUGGUAUGAAACAAAUAGUGAUAUGGAGAUAACACGUACAUGGUUUAUUGGUCAAGGACCAUCAGAAUUUUGGAGUGUUGCAACCGCUUCUGGUUAUUCAGUGGAUCCAGCUUCUGGGGCAUUAUUCAUCUCUCCAUUCCAAGGAUUAUCGUAUAGACACUCACAAUUUUCAUGUGUUAUCAAAUGGAAAGAAACGAAAACAUCUUCGUUGAAGUUACAUCAUAUCACUUUUGUUGAGUCACAUUCAAUUGCUUAUCAAUUUAUUCGUGAUCAUCCAUUUCAUGUUGACAGAAAUGAUUUAUCCACGGCUACAAUUCGUUUCGAUUUUAGUGCGAUUAAUCCAUUUGUUCCAAUUUGUGGUACAUAUUCGAAAGACGAAUAUAUGAGAACAUGUCGUGAUUCAAUUUGGGCUAAUCAGAAAUUAGACUUAAUUCAAAAUCAAUUAACAGAUCAUUUUGAUUUAAGUAAAUGGAUGGAUUUUGAGAGUGUAUAUCAAUUAUUCAAUAUUUCAAUAAUGAAAUCAAUAAGUGAUUUCUGUCAUCAGUACAAUUGUAAAAUUAAGAGUGGUAUUAAAGAGACAACACAAGAAACUGAUAUUGCUAUUUCUAAAAUCAAUAUAAGUUUACUUACUAAACCUGAGAAACCAGUUGUUAGCACAACAACGACAACAGAAUUUGUUGUUGAUGAUGAUGAAGAUGAAGAAAUAAUCACUCAAACAACAAAUCCAGAAAAUGCCAGCAAUACAUUGACAACACCACCAACACCAGCACCACCACCUGCACCUCCAACAGAAACAGCAGAAAAACCAUCAGUACAGGAUGAUAAAACACCUCAUACAGAAAAUGAAAGCCUUGCACCUGGUGAAUCUAUACCGGAAAAACCCGUAUCUCAAUCAAAAAUAAUAAUACAUAAAGCAGAAGUUGAAGACGAAUCAGCGGUACUAUCAACGCCACCGCUGCCAGUACCAGCUCCUCCAGCAGAAGGAAUACCGAUGACUGGUGAGAAUUUAACAACAACCACUGGAGGAAUGAAUGAUACUCAGCCGCCAAUUACACCAACGAAUGACACAGCAACUAAAACAGGUGAAUUAUUAGAUGACAGCGGAAGAAAUCAAACAGUGACAGAAAGUCCCCAAAACAAUCAGUCUGACGUAGUAUCAGUAAUCACAGGGGAGACUAAAUUGAUAACGAUGAAAAAAAUUCAUUUGCAAGUUGAAUUAGAAUUUACAAAUCCAUUGAUUGAUUGUGAUAUGAUCAAGGGAAUCGUUGAACCAGAUUUAGGCGAUAUGGAUCUUAAACAAUUUCAAUUUUCUUUUGAUAAUGAACCGUUUUCACCGUUAUCUAAUAGUUUAUAUAAAUAUCAUUCCGUUGCUGUUAAAUCACGUACACCUAUGUAUUCUGAGGUCUACAGUCCAAUGAUUUGUAUUAAUUCAAGCACCACUCCAAGAAGAUAUGACCAGUCCAUUGAAGCGUUGAAAGUUGAUUCUGGAUUUACUGUGGUUUUUAAUGUACCACAAGUUGAACAAUCUGCAGAAAUACAAUUUACUGAUGGUACUGGAUGUUUUAUUAAGUUAGACUGUAAUCAAUCUCUGUGUGAUAUUCGAUUCAAUUUGGACGGUUUCGCCGAUAGACUAAUCUUCACAUACAAUAAACGUGCUUAUUAUAAUCUUCUAAAAACGGAACCAGAUUUAUUGGAAACAAGUGAUCGUGUGAUUUACACGCUGGUGGGUGAAACAGUAACUCAUUAUGAUGAACGUAUACAUCAAAAAAAUGCAGGUUCAACACAAAGAAUUCACUUAUAUAAGUAUCAUACACGACUUGGUGAAUAUGAGAAAACAUUUGAGAGUUUUGAAAGCUCUCAUCGGUGUCAAGGUAGACAAUUAUCGCUGAAUAGUUCAACUGAUGAUGUAACAGCUCGAAUUAUGAGUUGGACAAGUGAUGAAAUAAUAGGUCCAUCAUUUGAAAAGACUAAACGAUUUAUUGAUCAUAUGCUUCAACCCUGUGGAUAUGAAGAGACUGUGAGCGUUAGAAAUCGUGAAGCUACUACAGUUAACGCCAGUGGAACAAAUAUAACAAAUACUACUGUUAAUAAUAUAAGUAGUAAUAGUACUACUUCUAAUGCUACUAUCUCUAAUACUACUACUACUACUACUACUGUGAGUAGUAUGAACGAUGAAAACAAUAAAAGGCCUUCAUUAUCGGCAUCAUCUUAUGUAACAAGUGAAUAUCAACUACCAUAUCAUCCAACCUUUAUAUUACCAAGAUAUCCUGCUAACGACAAGCCAUAUCGUCAGUAUUAUUCAUUAAGAGGAAGAUUAUGUUCCACUCCAUGUGAUCCAUCUGAUGGCAUACUAAAAUGUCAAACAACUCAAACUGUUGAAGCAUGUAAUACAGAAUUUUGGACGGAUAUCGAUGGGUCAUAUAUUCGAAAAUGUAAUGUUUCAUCAAUUCAACCACAUUAUUGUGCAUUAGCUAGUCAAUAUUGUGAUCAGCCAAGUGAUAAAAUGUCUCGUCUUAGUGCUGAAGAAAUUAUAACAGAAGUUGACGAUGUAUGCUCAUUCACUGGUGCUAUACAUUCGCAUUCACAUACAAUGGAAUGUACGAAAAAGAAGAGUUUGAUUGAUAUGAGGAGUUUGCUUGAACCUGAUGCUAAAAGUGAUUGUACAAUGAUACAAAUUGAUAAUGAUCCUGAUAUCCAAUAUAAAGUUGAUCCAAUUUAUAUUCAAAUGAAACCAGUCAUGAAGACAUGCAAAGAAAAACAUACCAAGGCAAUGACAACAGAUCAAAUCUAUACAGAACGGAUUACUUAUUCACCAAGAUUUUGUCCCUUGGGCACUUAUCAUACUGAUGACAAUAAACGUGAAUGUAUUCCAUGUCCACCAGAUACCUAUGCAGAUAUUCAAACGAGUAAUCAUGAAUGUGAACCAUGUCCAAUGAAUCGACCAAGUACAUUUUCAAUUGAAGGCUCUGUAUCAUCACAAUGUUCCAAUGAAUUAAUUGGGAAAUUACAAAGGAAAUUUUUUGAUUAUAAAAAUGAAACAGGUAAUGAAAUUUUAUCAUUUGAUUUCGCCUGGUCACCAUCAUUAAUUCAACAACGUCUCUACAAUGAAACUCUGGAUUGGCUUGCACCAAAACCAGAAUUUUUAGAAAAACAACGUCAAGCUGUUGCAGCAUUCCGCAGAAUGACACAAAUCACCUUUUCAUCGAAUGAAUUGGCUUUAAUUAUCAUCUUAUCUAUACCGAUAGCAAUAUUCGGUGGAACAUUAUUUAUGGUGAUAAUAUUCGGUUUGAGUAGACGAAUUAAAUGUCCAAUUGACAAUCAAAUGGAUACAAUAAAAGAAAAGCUGUCUGAUAAAAAACCAUUAUUGAUUAUUGAACAAAUUGCGCAUAAAUUAUUUUGUGCAGUUAUUAAAUUCCCUUUAUUGGUUUCUUCGCUGAUGUCUAGAUUAAUUUCACGUAUCAUUGAAGAACUUGGUGAUUUACCGUAUAAAAUCAAACAUAGCCAAUUGUUUAAAUCUUUUCAACAAAAUCUUAAAUCCCUUCAAGUAGCUGUCUCGAAACAAGUCUAUCAUCGACCAACAUUUAUUCUCACAGAUAAUUUUAAUCAUUUAGUUCACACUCUAACUGAUAUCAUGAUCAAUCGCAUCACAGAGACAGCUUUGAAUGAUUUAAAUUAUCAGCGUAAACAAAGAUUGAGCAUUGAACACAAAUUAAAACAGCAUAUUGAAGCGUAUAAUCAAGCUAAGCAAAAGGCUGACAGUGCACAAACUGCUUUAAAAACGCUGGAAAGUGAAUAUCAACUGGCUAGUAAACAAUUUAAUCGACAAAUCAAUGAUGAAACAGUUAGCAAAAAGGAAUUACCCUCAAUUAUAACGGACUAUGAACAGAAACUCGCGAAAGCGUCGAAUUUAAUUGAAACUACCCAACAGGAAGUUAGUCAAAAGCGUAGAGAGUUAGCCCAGGCUGAAAUGAAACUCUUGUCGGAAUCACCAAUAUCAGAAAGUGCUGAGCAUUUGAUAUUCAAUGAAGAUGAGAAGUCAAUCUACUAUGCAGCACCAGAACUGAGGGCUUACCUUCGUCUACCACGCCAUUACAAUGAUGCUUUUUUCUUAUUACAUCCAAAAUCGAAGAUAAAUGAAAUGAAAAGAAGGUCAAGACAUGAGGCACCACCACGUCCUUGA